UAAUUGACACGUAACGUGACGUUGAAAUUAGCGCGUGAUUGAAAACAACUCAGCGCCAGCUGGCACCACUUGGUGUCUGCUGGCCGACCUUAUCCCAUUCUCUUUUUUUAUUACCUUUUUUUUUCCCCUUAAUUUCUAAUUUUUGUAUUUUUUUCAAAAGCAAGAACCAUUGUAGAGAGAGAGAGAGAGAGACAAGAGAGUUGAAGGUGAGUUGGAGAUACGGGGGGAGAGACCAAACCCUAGAUUUCUUCAGACUGAAUACAGAAAUCCCAGAAAAAGCUACCAAUUUGAAUAAUUUCACACGGAGAUCGUGCAUAAUAGUACUUGUUUCACGCGAAAAGUAGUCUUGGGUUUGGUUUACUUUGUGAAUUGAAGAUCUUGUGAAAAAAAUAAAGUGUUAAAGAUGAUGUCUAGAUCGUAUACCAAUCUGUUAGAUCUAGCGUCUGGGAAUUUCCCGGUGAUGGGGCGGGAAAGGAAGCGUCUUCCUCGGGUAAUGACGGUCCCGGGGAUUAUAUCAGAGCUUGAUGAUGAUCAGGCUAAUAGUGUGACUUCAGAUGUACCAUCGUCUGUUGUUGGAGAGCGAAUAAUUGUUGUGGCAAAUCAGCUUCCGGUGAAAGCGAAGCGUAGACCGGACAAUAAAGGCUGGAGUUUUAGUUGGGAUGAAGAUUCGUUGUUAUUGCAUAUUAAGGAUGGUUUGCCAGAGGAAAUGGAUGUUAUUUAUGUUGGGUCUUUAAGAGUUGAGGUUGAUUCGAGUGAAAGAGAUGAUGUGUCACAGCUGUUGUUGGAUAGAUUUAACUGUGUCCCGGCUUUUCUGCCUCCUGACAUUUUGCAAAAGUAUUAUCAUGGGUUCUGUAAGCAGCAUUUAUGGCCUCUUUUCCACUACAUGCUUCCCUUCUCUGCAAGUCAUGGGGGCCGGUUUGAUAGGUCUUUGUGGGAGGCUUAUGUGGCUGCAAAUAAGAUUUUCUCGCAGAAGGUGAUUGAGGUGAUAAAUCCGGAGGACGACUACGUUUGGAUUCAUGAUUAUCAUUUAAUGGUUCUGCCCACCUUCCUGAGAAGACGUUUUAACCGAUUGCGAAUGGGGUUCUUUCUCCACAGUCCAUUUCCUUCGUCGGAGAUAUAUCGGACUCUACCUGUUAGAGAGGAGAUUCUAAAGGCGCUACUGAAUUCGGACCUUAUUGGCUUCCACACUUUUGACUAUGCUCGGCAUUUCCUUUCUUGUUGUAGUCGGAUGCUCGGUUUGGAAUAUCAGUCAAAGAGGGGUUAUAUUGGGUUGGAAUACUAUGGAAGGACUGUUGGGAUAAAGAUCAUGCCAGUUGGGAUUCACAUGGGGCAGAUUGAGUCUGUCUUGAAACUUGCAGAUAAGGACUGGAGGGUGGGAGAGCUCAAGCAGCAGUUUGAAGGAAAAACUGUGUUGCUUGGGGUUGAUGAUAUGGACAUCUUUAAAGGUGUCAAUUUGAAACUUUUGGCAAUGGAACAGAUGCUCAAGCAGCACCCGAAGUGGCAAGGAAGGGCGGUAUUGGUACAGAUUGCAAAUCCUGCCCGGGCGAGGGGAAGAGAUCUUGAGGAGAUAGAGGCUGAAAUACAUGAAAGCUGUACGAGAAUUAAUGAAACUUUUGGACAGCCCGGUUAUGAACCGGUUGUUUUCAUUGAUAGGCCUGUUUCUCUGAGUGAACGAGCUGCAUAUUACACUGUUGCUGAAUGUGUCAUUGUCACGGCCGUAAGGGAUGGAAUGAAUCUUACUCCGUAUGAGUACAUUGUGUGCAGGCAGGGAAUAUCUGGAUCUGAUUCUGUUUCUGAAUCAGACGGUCCCAAAAAGAGCAUGCUAGUAGUAUCUGAGUUUAUUGGAUGCUCUCCUUCACUGAGUGGUGCCAUAAGGGUCAACCCAUGGAAUGUCGAAGCAACUGCUGAAGCAAUGAAUGAGGCAAUUUCGAUGCAUGAUGCUGAGAAACAGUUGCGUCACGAGAAACAUUACAGGUAUGUUAGCACACAUGAUGUAGCAUACUGGUCGCGGAGCUUUUUCCAGGACAUGGAGAGAACCUGCAAAGACCAUUUCAGACUGCGUUGUUGGGGUAUUGGUUUCAGCUUUGGUUUUAGAGUUGUAGCACUUGAUCCUAAUUUCAGAAAGUUGUCCACCGAUGUGAUUGCCUCUGCUUAUUCCAGAGCAAAAAAUAGGGCCAUAUUGUUGGAUUAUGAUGGCACUGUGAUGCCUCAAACAUCCAUCAACAAGACCCCCAGUCAGGAAGUGAUCUCAAUGAUAAACACGCUCAGCAAUGAUGUUAAAAAUACAGUUUUUGUCGUCAGUGGACGAGGAAGGGAUAGCUUAGGCAAGUGGUUUUCACCAUGCAAGAAACUUGGAAUUGCGGCUGAGCAUGGAUUUUUCAUGAGGUGGUCUGUGGAUAAAGAAUGGGAAAUCUGCGGUCAGAGUUAUGAUUUUGGGUGGAUACAGAUGGCUGAACCUGUAAUGAAAUUAUAUACAGAAGCUACUGAUGGUUCUUACAUUGAAACAAAGGAGAGCGCAUUGGUUUGGCACCAUCGGGAUGCAGAUCCAGGUUUUGGAUCAAGCCAGGCCAAGGAGAUGUUAGACCAUCUUGAAAGUGUGCUCGCAAAUGAACCUGUUGCUGUGAAAAGUGGUCAGUUCAUUGUCGAAGUGAAACCACAGGGUGUUAGCAAAGGCCUAGUUGCAGAGAAAAUCUUCACAUCAAUGGCAGAGAGUGGAAAGCAGGCUGAUUUUGUACUGUGUAUUGGUGAUGAUAGAUCUGAUGAAGACAUGUUUGAGAUCAUCGGCAAUGCAAUGAACAACGGUGUCCUCUCCUCUAAUACAUCAGUUUAUGCUUGCACUGUUGGACAGAAACCAAGUAAAGCCAAGUACUAUCUGGAUGACACCAUGGAGGUCAUGACCAUGCUUGAAGCUCUUGCUGAAGCCUCGGAUUCUCCACCUUCAACAGAAGUUGAAAGAGUGACCUCUCCUUGAUAUACUCCCUUGUGGCUGUUUUUUAUUUGAGAAACUUCAGAUCUCGUCCGUCGACUCAAUCUGGAAGAACAACAUGAAAGCCUGUAAUGGAGGUAGUGAUCAGAUUCUCCUCUGUUUGGAAAGAAAAUUAGGGAAGAGAUCUUGUAUAGCCUUCUGUUGACGGCCAGCCAGUUCAGAACAUCAGAGCUCAGAUAUCCUGCGACUAAAAUGGUGAAGGCUCGUAGUAUGGAGGGUGAGACUUGACUUGUAAAAUACCUCGAAGUUAGCUGCUCUGACAUCUGAAAAAUUGGCAGAAGUUAGCAGAAUCAAUUCAUCGCGGAGUGGUGGGGGAAGAAAGCAAUAUCCAAGAUGGUUGAUUUUCAUGGCCCUUUACAGUGCAAUUUAUGUAAAGGCCGCCAGACUGGCUUGUUAUAUGCACGCCACCAUCUUGCGGAGACUACUAUCUUCACUUGCAUUCUUUGCCAGGUAAAUAAACUUUACUAGCAUGAAACAGAGAUCUGGCAGUAACAUAAUCAAGUCUUAGCUGCUGAUUGAGUCCUUUUUUUUUGUUUUUGGGAGUGAGCUUUAUAUUUGAAUCAUUCAGGCCCAAUUCAUUGGGUCAUCAGAACAGUAAAUUUUGCAGGAAUUAAACUGUGAAUUCUUUAUUUGUCAUCA